GGCGAGGGGCGAGCGGGUGGGAUGGUGGGAUGGCUCUCCCAUAACGGUAUCCACAUAAGAGUUGUGGAGUCGGUUAGUGAAUAGUGUGUGAGCAUCCUCCAGCACGGAAAGACCUACAGACACACUAUGGCGAGUCAGAGCAGCCAGGACGGCGAGAGGCAGGACAUCUGCCAGUGGGCCUUGGGACAUGUGGCUGUGGUGACAGGUGCAGGGCAGCGAGUGGGUAAGGCCAUUGCUGCCAGCCUCCACAAGAGAGGUUACACAGUUGCCAUCCACUACAAUGAAUCAAAGGAUGAAGCCAUUUCAUUCAUGGCAGAAUUAAACAGCAUCCGCAAGAACAGCGCCUACGCCUUCCAUGCAGACCUGUCACGCAAUGUGAGGGAGAGAGCUGGUCACCUGUUGGCUGAGGUGGUAGAGAAGUGGGGAAGACUUGACCUCCUAGUGAACAGUGCUGCCAUCUACUAUGCAACACCAAUUGCCGAGACAACAGAGGAGCAAUGGGAUAAGCUGCUGGAUCUCAAUGCAAAAGCUCCAUAUUUCAUGACCCAGGCAGCUGCUCCAUACUUGAAGGAGACCCACGGUUCUGUGGUCAAUGUGGCAGAUAUCCUGGGUGAGCGUCCUAAUGCACCAUUCAAUGUGUACUGCAUCACCAAGGCCACCCUCAUCAUGAUCACCAAGAGCUUAGCCCUUGAGCUUGCACCCGAAGUCCGUGUCAACUAUAUCAAUCCAGGAGCAUCUAUGUUUCCCGAGACCUACGAUGAAAACCUCAAGCAGAACUGGAUCUCAAAAACUCCCCUCGGGAGGGCAAGGAAUGGAGAGGAGGUGGGUGACACUGUGGCAUUCUUGGCCUCACCCUCAGCUGCCUUCAUGACUGGAGCUGGCAUAUCUCCCUCUGGUGGUCGCACUGUUGCUCUGUAAACAUUAAUACACUGCCUCCACAUUCCAUAGCUGUCAAAGCUACAGAAAUUAUGUCUAUUUGUCUUCCAACCAUUGCAGUGCAGAAAAUUAUAAUUACAAAUUUGUUUUCCUUGGUCAACAGUAUGUAAUCAUGGAAUAAUAAACUGAAGAAAGUAUUACAAUGUAAUGCCUUAAAUAAAAUACUAUGGUUCUGAGUGUCAUGA